CUGCUGGCUGAGCUUUUACUUCAUCUCUCAAGUCUCACCCUCUCUCUGUCCGUGUUCUUCUCAACCCAAUCUCCGCCUGUUCAUCUGGAUCCUCUGUUUGAGAAAUCAGGAUAAGGAAGAAAUGUACGAGGGGCAGCAUUUCAUGGACUUGGAAGAGAAUUCCAAUUUCGGCGAUCCAAAUUCUUGGCUUUCGGCGGACGACAAUUCGUCCUUCACUCAACGUCAAGCUCAGUUCUCGCUUGCUAACUCCUCCACUGCCUCCGGAGCUAAUGGGAGCUUGGAUCGCGUCCUUUUCAACGACCUCGUCGAGAUUGUUCCGCUCGUUCAGUCCCUCAUCGAUCGUAAAGCAAGCAGUUCAUUCACCCGCCGUGGUUCUAUGGUCUACACCAAGACACCUUCAAGAGAAACGUUAUCUAAAAGAACGGCAGAUUCAAAAGGUAGGAACACCAGUCAAUCUAUUCCUGCCAGAAAGAAAAAAGACCAUGGAGAAAAAGAACAGAGCAAAAAUGAUAGUAAUAACCUUGACACAGACAGCUUACCAACAUUUUCUUCAAGAGCUUUGACAUCUGAAAAGGAAAGAGAAGAAUUAGUAAUGUUGAAGGAGCAGGUGGAGGAUCUGCAGAGGAAAUUACUGGAGAAAGAUGAACAUCUAAAGUCAGCGGACAACUCAAGAAUCCAGUUGACUGAUCUUAAGACAAAAAUUGAUGAACUGAUGCGCCAGUCUUCAGAGAAGGACUCUUUACUCAAGUCUACUCAGCAUCAACUUUCUGACGCUAAGAUAAAACUCGCGGACAAGCAAGCUGUUCUUGAAAAGACACAGUGGGAAGCAACGACAUCCAACAAGAAAGUGGAGAUGCUUCGAGAAGAGAUAGAUUCCAUGCAAGGGGAUAUUUCAUCAUUCAUGUUGCUACUUGAAGGCUUGACUAAAUAUGAUGCUGCUGAAUACACUGAUGACUAUGACUUCAAGCCAUAUGAAUUCAGUCACGUGCCUAGUAUUGAUGAUUUGGACGAGAUGGAGAUGCAGAAGAUGGAAGAAGCAAGAAAAGCUUAUAUUACUGCGCUAGCUGUGGCCAAGGAAAAACAAGACGAAGAAUCUCUUGCUGCGGCCUCCAAUGCUAGGGCAGUCAUCACUUCUGUCUCUGGCUUGGGGCUGCUAUUACCGUAGGAUGUGUAACCUCCUCCGUUGUCGACAUUUGAAGCGUUUCCGAGAUUAUGUUGCGUGCCUGUUGCCACGAGGUGGAUGUGCUUAUAUGAGAUUGUGAUUAGGGACGUUAGUGCCUUUAUUUAUCGACAAAUGCUAUUAAACGGCUACCCUGCCGUUUGUCGCUUUAUUCCUGGCGAAUUUUUCCUUUUCUUUUCCUGGUGAAGAAAUUGCUUGGAUCAAUGUGUGGAAUGUUAUGUACUUAUGUUCAUUACUAAACAUAAA